AUGGCUUUACUCCCAAAGGCUAAGGAAUGGGAUAAAACAUAGUGUGAGUGAGCCAUCUCUGAGAAACCAAACAAACCAGAAUGGAGCAUGUGGAACACAUUCAAAGAGUUAAACUUGGGACUCAAGGUUUUGAGGUUUCAAAAUUGGGAUUCGGAUGCAUGGGCCUGACUGGAUCGUACAAUGAGCCUCUCCCAGAAGAGGAUGGCAUUUCUAUUAUCAAGUAUGCGUUCAGUAAGGGAAUUACCUUUUUUGAUACUGCUGAUGUUUAUGGAGCUAAUGCCAAUGAAGUUUUGGUUGGAAAGGCUUUGAAGCAGUUACCCAGAGAAAAGAUCCAGAUAGCCACGAAAUUUGGAAUUCUGCAUACAGAGUCUAGGGUUGAGAUCAAGGGUUCGCCGGAAUAUGUGCGGUCAUGCUGUGAAGCUAGCUUGAAGCGUCUUGGUGUUGAUUAUAUUGAUCUCUAUUAUCAGCACAGAGUGGACCAAUCUACACCUAUAGAGGAUACAGUGGGUGAACUCAAGAAACUGGUGGAAGAGGGUAAAGUGAAGUAUAUUGGGUUAUCUGAAGCGAGUCCAGAUACUAUAAAGAGAGCGCACGCUGUUCAUCCCAUCACAGCUGUGCAACUGGAGUGGUCUCUGUGGACUCGUGACGUUGAGGAAGAAAUAAUCCCACUCUGCAGGGAACUUAAUAUUGGAAUUGUACCAUAUAGUCCUCUGGGUCGUGGCUUUUUUGGGGGAAAAGGAAUUCUGGAAAAUGUGUCUGCAGUUAGCAAACUGAAAACACAUCCACGUUUCCAAGCAGAGAACCUGGAAAAGAAUAAGAAUAUAUAUGAACGAAUUGAAAGCCUUGCAAAGAAGCAUCAGGCCACUCCUGCUCAGUUGGCACUAGCAUGGGUUCUCCACCAAGGAGAGAAUGUUGUUCCUAUCCCUGGAACAACUAAGAUUAAAAAUCUGGAUCAAAAUCUGGGAGCCUUAGCAGUGAAACUGUCAGAAGAGGACCUGAGAGAAAUUUCUGAGGCGGUUCCCAUCAGUGAUGUAGCAGGUGUUAGAUACCUAACCGGAGCGGAUCAGUAUUCCUAUAAAUUUGCUAAUACACCUCCAAAAGAUUCAAAAUUCUGAACCUGAAGCACUGGACUCCACCUUCAGUAAGAGAAUCCACAUAACCAAGACACAUGAAUUGAGGGUAAUAAGGCUGAUAUCAGCUAGCUAUUAAAAUAUCAGUAAUGUAGCUUAUGUCUCGGAUGAUACCUUUCAGACAAUUUGGUUGGUUCAAGUUUUGAUUUAUGCUGUGUAUUUGAUUGAAAGAUUAAUUUGGAAGAGAUUGAUUAAGUGGAU